AUGACUCGGCAACAGCAGCUUCAGCGGCAGCAGCCGCCAGACGCUCCGGUCGACCUGACAGCAUUUUUUGAAACGCUUCCACCGUCGUUGCGACAGCAGAUCCUUUCGGACGUCGAUGACAGUCAGAUCGCUCUUUUGCCAGCACAUAUUGCGAACGAGGCGAGACGAUUGCGCUCACAGUACGACGAACAGGAAGCGGCGCGAUUUGCUUCUAUGUCCCGCCAGUUUUCAUUCAUGAACUUCGUUGGUCGUCGCGAAGGUCGAUAUUCUCUUCGGGCGCCGCCUCGACAAAAUGCGUUUGAUCGGCCAACGCUGCGGCGUUUGGCCCUACCGUCUUGUCAGCAGAUGACGCAUAACUACCACGGUCUUCCCUUAUUAGACAAAGAGGCCCUGUCUUGUUUAUUGGUAAUGUUUUUUAUGGACGACCAGCAGUUGAACAUAGCGAGACUGCAUCGCUUGAUGAAAUGUCUGUGUUAUCACGCGACGACUCGCGACUGGUUGAUGCGAGCGAUGAUUUCUAUAAUGGAGAAGACGGCUGAUUCUGGGCCCGGACCAACGCAGAUGUUAACCGCAACAGAGUCGGGGUGCGAAUCUGCGAGGAAAGAAAAAGUAGUUAGCAUCAAAGGAAAACCAGAUAUCGUCUGCACAUUACGACCUCGUCCUCAGAAUUGGCUGAGCAUAACGAUCAGUGGAGCACUGGGUGCCCCUGUAGACGUCUUUCAGAUCCAGCGCCACAUGGUAUCCGGUAAGAGGAUCGUGGUUCCCCAUGCAUCGAACCUCAGCAUUAAUCCUUUGGCGGUGGACGCCGUUUGCCGCAAUGUUCUGGAUUCGCUCAUUUCGUUAGCCAAAACAUUUCCGACCUACUUUUUACCCGAUUGUCUGCGAAAAAGCGAUCAGGAGGUCGGUGCUUCUACGGUGACCGACAACGACACAUCACUAGCUACGAGUUCGACGACGUUGACGGUGGUUUCUCCGUCACCGAAAAACGGACAGCAGCCACAGUCGACGCCUGCGUCUUCGAAAACGCCGACGACCAGCGAAAGCGAAAAUCGCACGAGCGACUGGCACAAGAGGCUGAGAACUGAUUUUUGGGACAUUCUGCUACGUUUGGAUUCGGUGUCAGCGGUUGCUACAGCCAAGCGCUCCAAGUCAGCCACCAAGCAACACUUUGCGUCUCAUCUCGAAGCGAUGCACUACGUGACGAUUGAAGAGUCACCUUUUGGUCACCUGAUGCUGUUGUUGGAGCACCCGUUCAUCAAAAAGAGCCCAACGUUGAUCGAUAAGACAUUGCGCCUAAUUGCUCUGACCGCCAAUGCUAUCCCGCUGAACGCUGCCGACAAGCUGGCUAGACAAGACGUGUCUUGCACGACGACCGAUGAGGUUGUCUAUUUGGAGCAGCACCUGAAACUGCUAGUAACGGUGAUUACGAACUGCCUUUGCGGCGAUGAGGGCUACGACGACGGUCGUUCGAUUUUCAUCAGAUUGGUCCGUUGUUUCGGAACGACCACCCGAAGAAAGAUCUGUGAGUACCUGCUGGAAGCGGCACAGAUGCUCGGCUGUAAACUGCGCGACGAAAUCAAGAUGUUGUUGGCUGAACUGACUGCAGUGUUUCCCAGCAGGGAGUUACAGCUGGUGACCGUGUCAAAUUUGACCGUCAAGGAUUCAGUUCAACACUGCUUGUUGCGUACGAUUAACGUUGUCAUGAUGCUCAGAGAAUCGAUCAACGCUCCAAGUUCGUCGUUGCCAGUAGCUGAUGCUUCCGCCCUUGAAUCUGAAGCUGCGUUGCCAGAUAUCACAUCUACCCAUUCCGCUACUGGUACCGUUGAGACGACCGCUGCAGCCGAAGGCGGCGACGCUGUACAACCCUCGGCCAGUGAUACGCAGCAGCCCGCCGAGUCGACUUCGUGCAACCUCGCUCCAGACACGGAACCCCCUGUGGUACAGAAAGAGUCUUCGGAAGACAAAGCCAAUGAUGAAGAAAUAUCUGCAGAAUCCACUCCCCUUAGUCGACUGCUGAACUUGGAAGAUCUCUGGGAAAUGCUCAGCGAGUGUCUCAAUCUUUUGGCAGAAGCUAGUGAUCCUCAUGCGGUACUGAUUUUUCAGCCAGCCGUGGAAGCAUUUUUCCUGGUGCAUGCCGGAGAAAGGAAGAAAAAGGACGUUUUGCCACCAGCUGAAGCCCCUGUCGCUCCAACUGAAUCAGCUAUCGAUUCGACGCAUGUUUCUGAUGGUAGCGUUGUGGUUCCUUCACCUACGACAGAAACAGCUGCCGGCCCUGCAUCGUCCGUUGUGGAAGCGACCGGCACAGAUGCGAUGAAAUUCUUGCGUUUCGCAGGUAGCGUUGUUCGCGUUGUAUUGAUGAUUCAUAACCGUCAUUGUCACCUUGGCCACUUUGUAGAGAAACACCGCACCGUUCUGAACCAGAUCCUGCGGCAGUCGACGCAGCACUUAGCCGAUGGACCGUUCGCCGUAUUGGUCAGCUACACGCGUAUACUGGAUUUCGAUAUCAAGCGGAAGUACUUUCGCAAGGAGUUGGAAAGAAUCGAUCAGGGCUUCAGAAGGGAAGACGUUGUGGUUCGAAUUCGCCGCGAUCACGUGUUUCAGGACAGCUUCCGCGAACUGUUCCGUCUCCGUAGCCAUGAAUGGAUUUCACGGUUUUACAUCAUAUUUGAAGGUGAAGAAGGUCAAGAUGCAGGCGGCCUGCUUAGAGAAUGGUUUUCGGUGAUAACGAGGGAAAUCUUCAAUCCGAAUUAUGCACUUUUCAUGACUUCUCCCGGCGACCGCGUUACCUACAUGAUAAAUCCGUCAUCGUAUGUAAAUCGCGAGCACCUGGAUUAUUUCAAGUUUAUCGGCCGCCUUAUCGCCAAGGCCGUGUAUGACAACAAGCUGUUAGACUGCUAUUUUACGCGCGCCUUUUACAAGCACAUCUUAGGAAAACUUGUCAAGUACACUGACAUCGAAUCUGAGGACCCUUCAUUCUACCAGUCUCUCGUUUACUUGCUGGAAAACCCGGUCUCUCAGCUGGGCUACGACCUGACUUUCAGUCUUGAGGUACGA